AUGCUGCUGCCGAUGCUGCUGUACGCGGUCACGAUCGCGGUCCUGGCUUGCGUAGUGCUGGAGUGGGCGUGGUGGAGGCCCCGUCGGCUGGACCGGGCGCUGCGGUCGCAGGGCCUCCGCGGCACAGCAUACCGCUCCCUGGCUGGCGACGCACCCCUGAACGAGCAGCUCAACCGGGAUGCCAGGUCCUGGACCAUGCCGCUGCGCCGCCACGACAUCGUGCCGCGGGCGAUGCCGUUGUUCGACCGGGUGAUGAAGGAGCAUGGUAAAAUGUCGAUCACCUGGUUAGGACCGGUGCCUAGAGUGACGAUCACCAAGCCGGAGCUUGUGCGAGAAGUCCUUUCCACCAAGGCUGGACAAUUUGAGAAGGUCAAAUUGGGCCGGCUUCAGAGAAUGUUGCACAACGGUGUAGGUAGCCAUGAAGGCGAGAAAUGGGCAAAACACAGGAGAAUCAUGAACCCUGCCUUCCAUCUGGAGAAGCUUAAGCGCAUGCUGCCGGCUUUCGCAGCAUGUUGCACGGAGUUGGUGCACGGAUGGGAAGGUUUGGCCGCAGGUGAUGCGCCCUGCGAGGUAGAUGUGUGGCCUGACAUGCAGAACCUGACAGGGGAUGUCAUCUCCCGUGCUGCGUUCGGUAGCAGCUACCUGGAAGGCAGGAGGAUCUUCCAGCUUCAAGCGGAGCAGAUCGAGCUCACCGUGCUGGCCAUGAACAAGAUACAUGUCCCUGGUUACUUGUUCUUGCCUACCAGAGCCAACCGAAGGAUGAAGCAGGUCGCUGCAGAGAUUGAAAGGAUCCUAAAAGGAAUCAUCGCGAGAAGAGAGCACGCCUUGAAAGCCGGUUUGGCGGGCGGCAGCGACGACGACCUUCUGGGGCUGCUAAUGGAGUCGAACAUGGCGCACUGCAGGGGGGACGACAAGUCGAACGCCGGCAUCACAACCGACGACGUGAUCGGAGAGUGCAAGCUUUUCUACAUCGCCGGUUCGGAGACCACGUCGGUGUUGCUCACGUGGACCAUGGUCGUGCUCUCCAUGCACCCAGAUUGGCAGGACCGCGCCAGGGAGGAGGUCCUGCGUGUUUUCGGCGCCAGCACGACCCCGGAUUACGACGGAUUAAGUCGCCUGAGAAUCGUGACCAUGGUGUUGUACGAGGUGCUGCGUCUGUAUACGCCGCUCACGGCGCUCCAGCGGAAGACGUACAGACCGACGGAACUCGGCGGCAUCAGGUACCCCGCGGGCGUAGUGCUCAUGCUGCCGCUGCUGUCCGUGCACCACGACAAGGAUGUUUGGGGCGCGGACGCCGACGAGUUCAGGCCAGACAGGUUCGCUGAGGGGAUCUCCAAGGCGUCCGCCGACGCACCUGCCUUCUUCCCGUUCGGCUGGGGGCCGCGGAUCUGCAUCGGCCAGAACUUCGCCCUGCUCGAGGCCAAAAUGGGACUUGCCAUGAUCCUGCAGCGCUUCUCCUUCGACCUCUCACCAUCCUACGCACACGCUCCCUUCGCCGUCGGCCCAUUGCUGCAGCCACAGCACGGCGCGCAAGUCAUACUGAAGAGGCACCAGUAA